AGUCCCCGGGCUGCAGGGAGCGCAGCGCGCGCGGCCCGGGCCCCGGCCACCGGACGCCCUACCGGACACGACCCUCCCUGGAGCUUGGACAACUGCCCACCUCGGACACUGCACCGGACACUGCCCCCCGCAGGGCUGGACACUACAACGGACACUACUUCCCAGCUCCGGACAUUGCUCUGUCCUCCCCGCCUCCCCCCCACCCCACCGCCAGGCUCUGGGACGCCUUUCCCCCUCCCCCCUCGGGGGCCCAGACAUUAAGUCCCCCCUCCCCCUCAGGCUCUAGCCAGCGGCCCCUUGCACCCCAGCGGUGGACACCGCCUCCUCUCAGACCGCCUCUCAGCUCCCCCCUCCACUUUCUCCCGCCUCAUAUACCCCCUCCACCGACUCAGGUCGAAGCCCCGCCAGUUUCUCCGACCCCCUGCUGCUCCGCCAGGGCUGUCGGAGCCCCCUCCCCUGGCCCGGAUGCCUCUCCCCGGGGGAUUGUGGUGGCUUCUCUGCUGCCGUCGAGGCUUCACUCUUCUGCACCGAGACUACGGAGACGGCGAGCUUAGCGGGGACGGGGACGACGAGGACGACGAAGAGACCUUUGAGCUGCGGACCCCGAGUCCGGCGGGUGGCGGGAGGGGUUCCCUGGACGUGACGCUGACUCAGCCAGGAAGAAGCGGGCAGGUCUCCGACAGGCUGCAGAGCUGGGAGGAGACAUGGAGCCUCAUCCCCGAGAAUGGGCUGCAAGAGGAUGACCCGGAUGUCGUAGUGAAAGGUUGGCUGUACCGGGAGCCCCGUGGGGGAGCGCGGCCAUGGCUGCCUCCGCGCCGGGCCUGGUUCGUGCUCACGCGGGACUCACUGGACCAGUUCAGUGGCAACGGGAAGGGAGCGCGGCGCCUCGGGAGCCUGGUGCUGACCAGCCUGUGUUCUGUGAACGGCCCGGAGCGCAGGCCCAAGGAAACUGGGCUGUGGACAGUGACAGUGUCUGGCAGGAAGCACAGUGUCCGCCUCUGCUCCCCUCGCCAGGCCGAGGCAGAGCGCUGGGGGACCGCGGUGCGCGAAGUGAUCGCUUCCAAGGCACCGAUGGAGACCCCUACGCAGCUCCUGCUCCGGGACAUAGAGGAGAAUUGUGGAGACCCAGAGGCUGUGGCACUCAUCUACCAGCAGAACCCCAUCCUGAGACACACCAGUGGGGCCCUCUAUGCCCCACUCCUGCCGCUGCCCUAUGGAGUGAGUCCCCCAGGUCCUGGCUAUGCACCCUUGCGCGAAGAGGCAGUGCGGCUGUUCCUGGCAUUGCAGGCGCUGGAAGGGGCGCGGCGCCCCGGGCCCCUGAUGCAGGGUGUGCUCCAAACCUGCCAGGACCUGCCUGCGCUCCAGGAUGAACUCUUCCUGCAGCUGGCUAAGCAGACCUCAGGCCCCAAGGGGCCUCCGGGGCUCCCCGCCACCGAAGACCCCGCAACCUUGCGGUACUGGCAGCUCCUUACCUGCAUGAGUUGCACCUUCCAACCAGGGUGUGCCGUGCGGGAUCACCUCCUGGGACAUCUGCAGAGGACGGAGCAGGCGCUGCCGGACUCGGAACUCGCAGAAUACGCGCGCUUCAUCCGGAAGGCGCUGAGCCGGACUCGCGGCCGCGAAUUAGUGCCGUCGCUGGCGGAGAUCACCGCACUGAGCCACCGGCAGGAGCUACGGUGCACGGUGCACUGUCCGGAGGCUGGUGCUUGUCUGGUGACCAUCGACUCCCACACCACGGUGGGCGAGGUGGCAGAAGAGCUGGUAGGGCGACUGGGCUUAGAUCGGAGUAAGAACUCAGUUGCGCUGUAUGAGCAGCGAGGAGCCCAGGAGCGAGCCCUGGCCGGAGGGACCCUUAUGGCUGACCUGCUCACCAGGUUUGAGAAUCUGGCCGUGGAGGACCCCGAGCUGGAGGACUCGCCAGACUCGGGGUGUAGAUUGUGUCUACGUCUACUUGGACCGAUGGACACGGAGGAGCUGUCCCCGGACAAUCAAGAACUGCCUUUCGUCUUUGAGCAGGGUCACGCUCUGCUACUGCAUGGUCGGCCGCCCCCACCUGAUGACACCCUGCGCGCCCUGACGACGCUGCGCCUGCAAAGCCUGCACCGGGAGUUCUCGCCGCGGAUGUCCCUGCCGCGCCUGGACUGCCUAUUAUCGCCUCUCGGAGACCCACCUUGCCCGAUCCCCAGGCCACCGUCCUCCGCCGCCCUGCUGGCCGGGGCCCUGUGGAACCCUGGCCUGGCCAAGAGGCGGGCAGAGCGGGCCCGGCGCGGCGGGGUGGGCCGUCCGGCAAGAAUCACGGCCGCUGAAGAAGGAGAUGGCGGCGCCAGCUCAGGCACGGCAGCUGCGGUGCUGGGCAGCUGGAAGCGGCUCCGAGGCAUGGGCCGAGCGGAGGCCAUGGCUGCCUACCUGGCUCUGGCGGCGCAGUGUCCGGGGUUUGGCGCUGCUCGGUAUGACGUUCUGGAGCUGAGCACGGAACCUGGUGGAGGUGUUCCACAGAAGCUAUGCCUGGGCCUGGGAGCCAAGGCCAUGUCCCUCUCCCGGCCAGGUGAGACAGAACCCAUCCACUGUGUCAGCUAUGGCCAUGUUGCCGCCUGCCAGCUAAUGGGCCCUCACACCCUGGCCAUAAGGGUGGGAGAGAACCAGCUCAUCCUGCAGAGCCCCCAGGUGGAAGAGAUCAUGCAGCUAGUGAAUGCCUACUUGGCCAGCCCCUCCCCCGAGAGGCCCCGCAGCCCUUCUCCUCCAUGCCAAGACCUGCCAGACGCCUCCCCUCCCAGCCAGCACUCGGGCCUGGAUGAGCCCCAGGGACAGGCUGGCUGCUUGGGGCAGCUGCAGCACUGAGCCUGCCAAGAGGUCGUGACUCCCCUCCUGCCUCCAGCCUGGGCCAGGACUGUUGUGAGAUUUGAGGGAACCAUGGUCUCUUUGGGCCCUGCAGGGACGGGGUACAUCACACACCCAAAAGCUGCUAUGGGUGUGGACGAUUUUCUAGUUUGUUUCUUAAUUUAUUUGUAGAAGAGAAGCAAAAAAAAAAAAAAAUCUUAUUUACACAAA